GUAAUUCUACCACACAUCUCGAACUACACAUUUACAAUGUGAACUUAAUUUAAACGAAGAAGAAUUUCCGAUGGUGACGAAGCGCGACAGCUUUUCAAAGCUCAAUACAGAAGAGGAAAAUGCUGCAACAAAUGAAGAGGCCACCAGACUACUACGAGCCAGAGUACGGCUCCAGGUCAGGCCCAGUCCCAGUCUGAUUAUUGAGUCGAGUUUUGGCGAUUUGACAUCAGCUACGGGUUCGAAGAUUGCAGCAAGCAACGACGUUGUGUUCGAGCAGAUCCCGUUGGUGCAGAGAGAGGUGGAACUUGAAGUGUUCAGUGAAAGCAGUGUUGUUCAAAGAGAGAAAGUACAUCCAUGUACACUACAACAUGAACCCCAUGCAAGUGAAGUUGAGAUUCAAGCAGGUGGCUACUCAACAGAAGUAGAUUUCCCUUUCAAAAAGUCGGAUUGUUACAUUUCUGAAGUCGAUAUUAACUUUAAUUCACCAGAUCAACCCUGAGGAAGAAAACGUCAGAUGGUAUGUUUUGCUGACAUAGAGACAGAGUCUGACUCCUCUCAUUGCUCUGAAGCUGUAUCAUGUACGUGUAGCAGGAACUUGAGCAAAAAAGGAUUGGUGACAUCUCGUCCAUCAAAUCACCAUCGUAAAGGACUUUGUUCUUUGUCUGUGAUGAUGCCAAUGGUGUGGCUUAGUGAAUUUGUCGAUAAGUUUGGAGAGAAACUGCCAACCAACAACAAAAUCCAUCUUCUUCAUGCCUUAUACAUGGAAAUGUGUAUCGGAUUAUGAAGGAGGAAGUAGAAGAGCAAGGAGGUUCUGUUUGUAGUCAGCAAUACUUCUUCCGCAAAUGGAGAAUGGAAAUGUCUCAUGUUACCAUUCCAAAGGUAGGUGAUUCUCGUGAGUAUUUGCACUGUAU